AUGGUUUAUUCAUCAAAAGAUGAUAUACCAUUAGAUAAUAUAAAAGAUGUUAUAUUUAAUAAUGCAGAAAAAAAAAAUAUAAAUUUCGAUAAAAGAAGGAGUUGUGAUUAUGAAUAUGAUGAGGAAGAAAAUGAUAAAAUAAUAAAUGACGAAAGAAUUAUGAAUGCGGGGGAGAAAAAAAAAUAUAUGUCAAAUAUUGAAGGGAAAGAAAAAAAUAAUUUAAACGAUUCUAAUAUUUUAGAUAAAGGAAGAAGUAGAAGUUCUUCAAGUAAUGUUUUUAAAAAUAUUUAUAAAGAAAACAAUAGAAAAAAAAAUUAUGAUAUAAAAGACAAAGAAGAAAGCAAUAAUAUCAUAAAAGAAAAGGAUUAUUAUGUUAUAGAUAAACAGAUGAAUAUUUCGAAUACACAUAAAAUAGAUGUAGAAAAUGAAAAGAUAAAAAAUAUUCAUCUUAGUAUGAAUAAUGAAGAAAGUAAUAUUGAUGAUGAAAAUAAAAAAGAAAAUAUAUUUGAUAUAAAGAAGAGUAUAUCUUCAUAUGGUAAUAUAAAAAAUACAAGUGAUAGUUAUAAAAAAGGUUCUGUUAAUAAAAGUGAAACAGAAAAGAAGGACAUGAAUACUAUAUGUGAUGAUAAUAAUUAUGUAUGGGAUAAAAAUGAUGAAAAUAUGAUGUAUGAAAAAAAUCAUAUUAAUAAUAAUGUAAAGAACAAUGAUAAUAAUAUGUAUUAUGAAAACGAUGAGAAGUCUUAUAAAAGGGAAUAUAUUUCAACAGAUGAGCAUAUCAAAGUUGAUAAGAAAAUAGUAGAGAUAAAAGAUGAAAAGAAAGAACAAAAAAAACCUUCUAUUUUAAAUAAAGAAGAAAAUGGAAAAAAAAAUAAAGAUCAUGUAAUACAUAACGUUGAAGAGGCACCUGGAUAUGAAUACAGUCAUAAUAUUAUUUACCAUGAAUUAUAUGUAGAGUUGUUACAUGUAAAUAAAAAUUUACAGAACGAGAUUAAAAAUUUAAAAAAGAUUAUUGAAAUGCAGAAAAUUUUAAUUAAAAGUAAAGAAGAAGUUUUUCUAGAUCAUUUAAAUGAAAAAAAUAAAAUGAGUAAUAAAAAAUUGAUGAAUCAUAACUAUUUCUUAAAUUUCUUUAAUAAAAAAAAAAAGAAAAGUAAGGAAUACAAAACGUCUUUUAAAGAGGAAUAUGAAGAAGAGGAAGAUGAUGAAGAUAUAGGAUAUGUAGUUGAUAGAAAGAAGCAAACAUAUUUCGAUGUAAAUAAAAAUUACCAUGGAGGAAAAAGGGAACUAGAAGAAGAAAUUCAUAAUGUUUCUGAAGAACAUUUUGAUAAGAAAGGUUCUUAUUUAGAAUGUGAAAAAAUAUAUAAUGAUGAUGAAGAUAUGUUUGAAUAUGAUAUGGAUGUAAUAUAUGAAAAAGAGGAAAAUAAAAAUAACAAAUAUAUAAAAUUACCAUCUAUUGAUAAUAAUGAUUUUUCAGAAAUGACUGAUAGGGAUAUCGAUUCAUUAUACGCAUAUAAUAAUAAUAAUAGGAACCAUAACAAGAACAAUAAUAAUAGUAAUAACAAUUGUAAUAACAAUUGUAAUAACAAUAGUAAUAUUAUUAAUAUUGAAAAGAAUGAUGUUUAUUUUUUUAAUGAUGAUAAAGAAGAAAGUAAUUAUUCAAGGAAAUAUGAAUUUGAACAGUCCAUGUUAUAUAAUAUUGAAGUAGAAGAUGAAUCUUGUAAUAAUUCUAUGACUAUACAAGAAAUUACAUGUUUAACAUUUUGGUAUGAAGAAAUAUUACCUUUAGUAAAUAAUGACAAAAAAAAGAAUUUAUUAAUUAAUAGAAUGAUAACAAAUUAUAUGCCCAAUUCAAUAAAAGGAUAUUUUUGGGAAAUGUGUAUUAAAAAUAAAUUAAAUCUUACUGAAUAUUUUGUUCAAAUAUUAAUAAAAAAUACGAAUUUUAUACAAGCAUAUGUAUAUACUAAUAAUAGACAAUAUCAUAAUCAUGUUUCUAGAUAUUUUAAAUCAUUAAUUGAAUUAAGAAAUAACAAUUUACAUAUAAAAGAGGAAACAACUGAAAAUGAUCAGGAUAUUGAACAAAAACAUCAUGAUAAUAAUAUAAUUUUUGAUAAUAAUAAAUUUCAUAUAAAUGGUGAACACGAUAAAUUUGAUGAACAAAAUGAUAAUAUGUUAUAUGAAACGCAAAAUAUGUUUGAUCAUAAAAAUAAGGACCCGUCAGAUAAUAAAAAGGAUAACCUUUAUGAUAAUAAAAAGGAUAAUCUUUAUGAUAAUAAAAAGGAUAACCUUUAUGAUAAUAAAAAGGAUAACCUUUAUGAUAAUAAAAAGGAUAAUCUUUAUGAUAAUAAAAAGGAUAACCUUUAUGAUAAUAAAAAGGAUAACCUUUAUGAUAAUAAAAAGGAUAACCUUUAUGAUAAUAAAAAGGAUAACCCUUAUGAUAAUAAAAAGGAUGAAAAUUUCUGUGAUGACAAAAAUGUUAUUAUUUAUGAUAAUAAUAAAGACAAAAUGAGUAAUAUGCCAAAUUCUAAUGCUAACAUAAACUUACUUCAAAAAUUUUCAGUACAAAAAUUUUUCUAUCAAAUAUUAAUAGAUUUAGAUAGAACUAUGUAUAUAAUAACAAAAAACAAGGAAUAUUUUGCAAAAUAUAAUAUUCAAACUGACAAUGUAUUGUCUUCUGUUAAUUUAUCGGAUAUGAAAAAAAAAUUAAAUACACUCUUACAAAUGUAUGUCCUUUUUAAGCCAGAACUAGGUUAUGUACAAGGCAUGUCAUAUAUCGCACUGGUGUUUUUAUUAUAUAGUAAUUUAGAAAAGGCAUUUGUCCAUUUUGCAAAUUUCAUGGAAAGGAAAGAUAUUUAUAAUUUAUAUAGUUUUAAUAAAGAAGAAAUAAAAAUUUAUAUUUAUACUAUUAAACAGAUUCUUACGAAAAGAAAUAUAGAAGUGUACAAAGAAAUUGUCAAACAUUAUAAUAUAGAUAAUAUUUUUAUUCAAUGGAUAUAUACAAUCUUUUUAACGUGUUUGCCCUUUAACAUUUAUAUAAGAUUGUUUGACAUAUAUACAUUUAAUGAAAAAAUAAUAUACGAGGUUAUUAUUUGCAUAUUCACCUAUUUUAAUAAAUACCAUCCAACUGAUAAUGUUGAUAUUAUUAUAAAAGAUUUAUCAUCCUUUGCUUUUAAUUCCUACAUUAAGGAGGAAAAAUUUUGGAAUUUGUUAAAAAAAAUUAAAAUAAAAAAAAGGAAAAUCUUAUACUAUAAAGAUAAAUAUUUUAACAAAAUGAAUAGCAAAGAUGAUGAUUACAGCAUAGAAAAAUAA